CAACCAAAUCAGACUAUAGCAAAGCAAAACACAUACGAAGCUACCAUGGCUAAUUGUCAAAUGAAAAAAGCUCAAAAAUACACAAUGGGCAAGCUUUGGAACUCUACCAGCGAAACUGUAACCCUGAGUGGCAAGAAAGUUUGGCAAGGCUCUCAUGACGCGGAUUUCCCGGAAACCAUUGAAGAUGGAGAUGUGGGUGAGUUUACGCAUGAUGCAGUGACUGAGCAGAAUGAUGUUCCAGGUUCCAUGGUUGGUCUUGUGUACAAGCUACAUGAUGGAACUAGGUGGAUUGUUGCUUGGAGCAACCCUCAAGGUGAAGACAGCAAGGUCUAUACUAAUAUCCACAAAGAACCUAUUCGUUGGGAGCAAAUCAAAACCGAUCUUGACACAAGAGGAAGCUCAAAAUCUAAAGUUAGAAAGUUUGGGUACGUUGCAUCAAUGGAAAUUGAUCCCAAGAAACGUUCGCCGACACUGAAGGCAUCAUUUGAGUCAGAGGCAUAACCGGGUUUUGCUUGCUGAUCAAAUUGUUGUGGUAAUGAAGGCUAUCUAAAAUAAAUAAUAAUGUGCUUCCCGCUGGGUGCAUUGCCUAUACCACUACUGUACUAAAUAUGAUACCCAGUAGUAGAUGUAUGAGUGUCUUCGUGUUAAGGUCUUCGCAAUAUUAUGUCACUGCCAUGCAUUUGCAUGGCUGACUGUUUGUAUAAUAUUAUUAUGGAAAAAUAAAAGGCCCUUUAUUAGCUUAUUAUUUCA